GCUGAAUUGGAACGGUGCCACAGAGGCAGUGGAACUGCAGGGAUUUAAGAGAGGCGGCUGCUGGAGUGGAGCUCCAGUUUGAUUGACAGACGACGAUGAGGUGCCACAUUGUGCUCGUACUUCUGCUGCUGCAGUGUCUGGCAGCUUCAGGCCUGCCCCUGUUUGAACUGAGUUCUAAGGCCGAUGGGGCCCUGCGGAUGGCGCUGGACGAGAUCAACACUCGUUACGCCCGACUCCACCUCUACAGAGUGUCCAAGGCAUCAGUCAAGAGAGUGGUUCCGCUGGGGAGGAAUGUGUAUGACAUGAUCCUGAAGUUCGGUAUCAGGGAGACAGACUGUCAGAAAAGUUCUGGGCUGGACCCCCAAGGCUGUGCCUACCGCUGGAGCUUUUUAGCAUCGGAGGCAGGCUGCUAUGCUAGAGUUCGCGUGACUGACAGACUCACGGACAUCGUUUCCCUCAAAUGCAAUCAGGCCCAGAGCUCCAGCUCAGAGUCCAGUGAGGAGACGGGGAUGGCAUGGCACUUUGAUCCAAAUCGUCUUAUUCCAAGAGACCCUGUACCUGCAACUGUAGCUCCAGCCUUUGACAGAACCCUACCGACACGCUCUGAGCGUCGUAUUGGCAACAUCGAGAUUCGUGGAGAUCACUUCAGCAAUCACCUGGUGUAACCACUGCCUGCUCCCAGCAUUCAUGAAGCAUCUGAGAACAGGAGCAUCACCUUAGGAUCAGCAUUUCUGCUUUCUUAAUUUUUUUUCAGUAUAUGAUGAAAGCAAAAAGCAAAAACUGCCCCACAUAUGGUACUUCUGCUCUGAGGAGCUUAAAGACUGAGAUUUUGAGUAGAUGUGGGUACUGUGUACAGGAUGAACCUGGACGCUACAAAACAGAAGAACUUACAGUAUCAAAUAUUUCUCUACAGCAAUCUUUCCAUUCUGACUUACAUGAAAAUAAAACAUACGAAAGACA